AUGGCGCCACCGAAGAAACCCGGCGCGAAAGGCGGCGGCGGCGGCGGCGGCGGCGGCGGCGGCGGCGCGCCCCGCGCGCGCAAGCCCGCGAUGAAGCGCGGCGGGCGCUCCGCGUCGAAGAAAUCUGCGGCGGCGGCGGCGGCUUCCUCGAAACCGAAAGCUCCCGUCGGCCCGCGGCUCGCCAGGGCGCGCGUCGCCAAGGGCGCGGCCGCGGCACACCGCGCGCAGAGCUUCUUCGAGGUGAACGAGGACGACGACGACGUCGGCGGGCGCGUCGCGGCGAUGGAGGACGCGUACGGCGACGAGAUGGUGGGAGGGUACGACGACCUCCCCGCGGGGUUCGACGACGAAGAGAUCGACGAGGACGAGGCGUUCACGGAGGAGGAUAGGGCGAGGUACGGGGACAUCGCGUUCGAGUCGUUCGGGAAGAGGAAGGGAGGGAAGAGGAAGGGAGGGAAGGGGGGGAAGAGGGGGGGGAAGGGCGGCGAGAGGGCGGAGUUCGACGAAGACGACGAGGACGACGAAGUCCUUAAGGAACGGCGUUCACCACGCGAACGCGGUCGUAUGGGGACCAGUCACGACGAGGACGCCUCCGAGGAUUGGAUGGACGAGGAGGACGAGGAGGACGACGACGCCGCUGACGAAGACGAAGAGGACGAGGGCGUCAUGCUGAACAGCGACGAGGACGAGGACGAGGACGAGGACGACGAGGACGAGGACGAGGACGAAGACGAGGACGAGGACGAGGAAGAAGACCCCGGCCCGAUGGACGCGGCGGGGAAGGAAGCGGCGAUGCGAAAAGCCAUGGGCCUCGACGACGACGACGACGACGACGACGACGACGACGACGACGACUCGCUCGAGAGAAAGCUCAAACGCGGCAUCACGGAAGCGUACGCGGAGGGCGAGUACAACCUCGGCGCGAACGCCGGCACCGGCGGAUCCGGAUCCGGCGGCGGUCUGUCCAUCAACGCGCUCAUGGCGAGCGUCGGCGACGACGCGUCCGCGCUCGGCGGCGCUCGGCGACGUUUGGAGCGCGUCGCGAACAAAAAGGCGAAACCGCACGCGGCGCCUCUGCCGAAAAUCGUCAGCGCGCGUCUCGAGAGGAAGGCUGCGUACGAGGCGACCGGCGAGGCCAUCACGAAGUGGCAGCCGCUCGUGAAGGAGAACAGAGAGAAGCCGACGCUGAAGUUCACGGACGAGGAGCGGAACAAGAUGAACCGGAAGAAGUCGCUCGCGGCGUUGAACUCGGAUUUCGUCCCAACCACGGAUUUCGAGACGGAGCUGAUGAAAAAGCUCGAGGAGGCGAACAUGGCGACCGGGAAGGACGUCGAGCGCGCGGAGGACCUCGCGAUGAACCACCUGAGCGUCGAGGAGGUGAAAGAGCGCCGCGCGCGCCUCGCGAAGAUGCGCAACUUGCUGUUCAAGCACGAGCUCAAGGCGAAACGCGUCAAGGCUAUCAAGUCGAAGACAUUUCAUCGGCACAACCGCAAGACGGGCGCCGCGGUGAAGAUGAUCGACGGCGAGGAAGUCCACGACGACGACGCCGCGCUCGAGGGGCUGGGUGACGACGCGGACGACAGCGCGGAGGCGCGGCGGGAGUACCUGCGCGCGCAGGAGCGGAUGCUCUUGAAGCACAAAAACACGAGUCGAUGGGCGAAGCGCGCGAUUAAAAAAGGACUCGCGCAUCUCCCCGGGACGAAAGAAGCGAUCGCGGAGCAGCUGAGGAUCGGCCAGGAGCUCAAGAGGAAGAUUGGCAUCGGCGGCGAGCGACGCGGCGGCGGCGGCGACGACGGCGACGACGACGACGGAUACUACAGCACCGACGCCAGCGACGACUCCGAAGACGACCGAAAAGACGACGGCCUCAGCGCCGACCCCGCGGAGCGGCGCAGACAGCUCGCGAAAGCGAAGGCGCAGACGUUGAAAGCGCUUCAAGACGGCGUGGGCACGAUGGAGGAGGCGGCGAACAAGGGCGGUCUGUUCGCGCUGCCGUUCAUGGCGCGAGCGAUGAAGAAGAGGAGAGAAGCCGCGGAGGCUGAGGCGAAGCAGCUGCUCGAGGACAUCGAACGCGCCGACGCGGAAGCCGCGAGCGGCGCCGCGGACGCCGGCGUCGACGGCGACGGAAACGGCUGGGGACCGACCGCCGCGACGUUCGAGGAGGAGGAGGAAAACGCAAACGCGGGGGGUAUGCAGGGCGGGCGGUUCAAGUUCACCGCCGGGAAGGGCGCGGCGCGCGGCUCGAAGAAGCCCAACAAGGUGGACGUGAAGGCGCUUAGGGGCGCGGACGCCGCGGACGGCGAGGGCGCGUCGGACGACGACGACGACGACGACGACGACGAUAAAGAUAAAGAUAAAGAUACGUCCGCCGCCGCCGCCGCCGCCGCGUCGGGCGUCAAGAAGCCGCGUGGAGCGAACAGAGCCGCCGCGCGCGCGGCCGCGUUCUCGGCCAAGGGCGCGAGCGUCGUCGCCGCCGUCGCGCCGUCGAAGACGACGACGUCGAACGGCGGCGUCGUCGCGCCCGUCAACUCGGCCAAGGCGCGCGCGGCGGCGCGAGCGAAGGGCGCCGCCGGCGUGCUCAUACCGGACCACGUCUUUAAGAAGGACGGCGACGACGACGGCGACGACGACGACGACGACGCGAGGCCGAAUCCAAAUCCAAAUCCGAAUUCGAAUUCCAAUCCGAAUCCGGGUGCUGACGUGGACCAAUCAGACGCCGACGUCGUGACCGAGGACCAAUCAGAUCUCCUGCGGCGCGCCUUCGCCUCCGACGACGUCGUCGCCGCGUUCGAGACGGAGAAAGCCGCGGAGGUGGAGGGCGAGCUGCCGAACGUCGAUACCCCGAAGCAGAUGCCGGGCUGGGGCGGGUGGGCGGACGAUCAGGCGAGACGCGGGCCGCCGAAGUGGCAGCUGGACGCGGAGAAGAAGGCGGCGAAGGAAAAGUUGAAAGCGGCCAAGGCGCGCAGGGACGCGAGCCUCAAGCACGUCGUCAUCAGCGAAAAGUACGACAAAAAAGCAGCCGCGCUAAACGUCGAGACGCUCCCUCACGGAUACGACAGCAAGGAAGUGUACGAGGGCGCGAUGCGGACGCCGCUGGGGCCGGACGUGAACACGGACAAGAGCUUCAGGGACCUGACGCGGCCGAAGAUACUGAAGAACGCGGGCGCGGUGAUCAAGCCGAUGAAAUUUCCAAAGGGGCGGCGGCCGACCGCCGCGGAGGCGAAGAGGAAGUGA